AUGGCUGGAUCGCCAGACAACGAGCAUAAACCGCCAGUUGGCGGGUGGAGGAGAUGGUUCGGAGCUUCAUCUAAUCAAGACUCGAGCGACGCCGAUGCGGAAAACGAAAGCUAUCGGGCCAAGUCGACGCUGGGUAUCUUGAGCGAUAAGCAGACCGACGAAGUACCUGGAACGGUCCUUCUGUUGUCCUCCAACCGCAACGAACCCUUAGGCUUAAGACAUCAGCCGCGACGCGCGUCCGCCUCGUCUUUACCCUCUCCGUAUCCACCGUCGCGAUCCUCGUCGGUCCAAUCCAGACUUGCGCACAAGAAGACGGCCGAUGGACAGAUCGUGUUGAAUCCUCAGCCAGACGACUCCGUCAACGAUCCAUUGAACUGGCCGAUGUGGCGACGAGAUGCGGCGCUAGUUUCCUUGGGUUUCUAUUCUCUCAUGGGUGGCGGUAUGACGCCCGUGCUGGCCGCCGGGUUCAACGAAGUGGCUGCGACCUACAAUGUGGAUACGCAGAAGGUGGCCUUCACCACCGGUCUCUACAUGCUGGGUCUGGGGGUGGGAUCGGUGAUCAUGUCGCCCACCGCGAUCCUCUACGGAAAGCGCCCCGUCUAUCUACUCGGCGCCACGCUGUUCAUCAUCUCCGCGGUCUGGUGUGCCUUGUCGCCGAACUAUCCCAGUCUGGUCGUGGCGCGUGUCUUCCAGGGCAUUGCCGUCAGUCCCGUGGAGUGUCUGCCGUCGGCGACCAUCGCCGAGAUAUACUUUCUGCAUGAGCGUGCGUAUCGCAUCGGCAUCUAUACGCUGCUUCUUCUGGGCGGUAAAAACCUCGUGCCGCUAGUUAGUGCCGCCAUUAUCGGAAGUAUGGGCUGGCGCUGGGUGUUCUGGAUCGUGGCCAUCAUCGUCGGCGGCUGUCUCGUGUGCAUCUUCUUUUUCCUGCCCGAAACGUUCUGGGAUCGGACACCGCGGCCACGACGUUCCGGCAAACAUAGUAACUUGUAUAACACCAUGUCACAGCUCGUCUCGCACGGUCUUCGGGGCCGUUCGGCGCACGAGCACCUGCAUGGCGAGGAAUCUGCGCCCGAGAAAAGCGCCGACACGGUAGUCCCGAAGAAGUCGAAAAAGGGCCAUGUCGGUUUCGCAGAAGACCCCGAACAGGACCGUGACAUCGAGGUUGAUAACGAAAAGGACGAGGUGCCGGAUAAUCACGAGCAUUCCGCAACGCCCAGCUCGGCCGUCACCGCGCGCCCUACGCCCGAGAACCUGUCCAGCCCGGCGCUGGAAAAACCCGACCACGGACAUGACCUGGAAACCGGCAGACGACCUGGCGCCUCCCCGGCGCGCAGCGAAUCGCUCGACCACAGUACACCCGCCAACCCGUCUAUGCGCUACACGAACCACCUGCGAGAGAAGCCCCUGAUGCCAUUCCUCCACUACCUGCGACCCUGGCACGGGCGCAUUUCGCAAGACAGCUGGAUCCGCGUCGCCGUGCGGCCCUUCAUCCUCUUCGCGUACCCGGCUGUGCUCUGGUCCGCCGUCGUCUACGCCCUUUCGGUGGGCUGGCUCAUCGUCGUCUCCGAAAGUGUCGCACACAUGUACCAAGGGCGGGCGAAUUACAACUUCACCGCCCUUCAGACGGGACUGGUUUAUAUCUCGCCGUUCGUGGGCGGUCUGCUGGGCACGGUCGUCGCCGGGCGCGUGUCGGACAUAAUCGUAAAAUUCAUGACGCGGCGGAAUGGCGGUGUGUACGAGCCGGAGUUCCGACUCGUCAUGGCAAUUCCGAUCGCGUUGUCGACCACCAUCGGGCUGAUGGCGUUUGGAUGGAGUGCGGAGGUGAAGGACGCAUGGAUUGUACCAACCUUGUUUUUCGGAUUGAUCUCGUUCGGGUGCUGUUUGGGCAGCACGACGGCGAUUACGUUCUGCGUGGACAGUUAUCGUCAGUAUGCGGGGGAGGCGCUGGUGACGUUGAACUGGAGCAAGAACGUGUUUCACGGGUUGGUCUUCUCGCUAUUCAUCGUCGACUGGCUGGAAGGGGAGGGCUCACGGACAGUCUUCCUUGCCCUGGGCGGCAUUCAGCUCGGAUGUCUUCUGUUCUCCAUUCCCAUGUAUAUAUAUGGCAAGCGGGCACGAAUGUGGACGCAGGACGAGAAGUGA